UCAAGUGAUUUCUCGCAGUGUUGCAGUGUGAGAAACAAGUCGGAAAAAGGAGAACAAAGUGUGAUUUUUCACGUGAAAAAAGGUCAUUUUUCUUGCUAUUUGUGCAAAUAAAUCAUCGGAAGUACACACUGGAGAAUGGUGUUAUGAGAUUUCUCGGGGAAAGGAAGCAGCAGAGACAAUCCACGUGAAAUCCCACACACAGAGAGAGAGCAAGAGAGGAAAGAAUCAGAGCUCUGAGAGUCAGUGACAAUGAUCCCGAAGGAGAAUGUGGAUCUGGAGUGCUUCCUCGUGACAAAGCACUCGUGGAAGGGGAAGUACAAGCGUAUCCUGGGUGUUGGCACAGCCGGCGUGUCCACCUACAAUCCGGACAAGUUUGAUUUGACCAAUCGCUGGUUCUACGGGGAUGUUGUCUCCGUGUCGCCCAAUAAAACGGGCAACCCACACGAAUUCCAGCUCACGGUGCGCAAAGAGAAGAAACUGGACACAAUAAAGCUCUCAUCGGAGUUCCGGAGUGAGAUAAUCUCGUCCAUUUUGCGCUUCCACAAGGAGUUUGUGGAGAAAGUGAAGCCCGUGCAGAAGUAUCAGGCCUACAAGCAUCACUGGUCCGGCAUUAAUCUUCCCAUCAUGCUGGAAGUGACGCCCUAUUCGCUGGAUCAACUCGAUCCCGCCACGGAGACUGUGAUGGCCAGCUACUGCUACAAAGACAUCGAGGGCAUUAUUGGCAUUCAGGACUACGAUGGAGGCAUUGUGGUUGUCUGCGGAGGCUUCAGUCGUCUGCACUUAUUCAAGGCUCUCAAUCAUCAUGAGAUCGUGCAGAAUAUUGUGCAGUGCUCCUCACAAUUCCUUGCGUUUGACAUUAAAGUACUCAAGAGUCAAAUAACAAUGGAGAGAUUCGAGAAGGAGCGCUUCGGGACGUAUUCAGCGGAUCACUGUCAGACGUCCAUGUCGGAAUUUCUCGUGCAGAAGAUCACACCGCGACAUUCAGAGCCAACACGAAGGACGCUUUGCCUCACGGAGACGACAAUCCUCGAGAGGGAUCCGCAGACGUAUACAAUUUGCACCCUGAGGCCACUUACGGAGAUCUUUGCCCUCGUGCGUGAUCGUGAGAAUAUUCAGAUGUUCUGUAUUGAGUACAGGAAUGGUUUAGUGAGGACUUACCUCACAAAUGAUCGAGAUAGCUUGCUGGCCACCCUGCUGGAUGCAGUGCGAUCGUGUGGGAAUCAAGAUGUGCACGUGAGGAUAUCGAAGACACCGCGGGGGAAGCGUGUGGGGCCCCUCAAUCAUCCAGUGGAUGAAGAGACUGAGGGGCAUAUGCUGCGCUAUGUGAUUAAUAACAUUCAAAAUGCUGCAAAACGAAUGGAAAUCUUGGAGCGUUUCAACGCAAACAUUCCCUACAGUGGACUGAAUUACAGCGUGACGCAGGAUAGUUUGUUUGCGGAGAAUAAGGAGCGAUUGAUUGUGGGGGCGCUACAGGCACUGAGUCAGAAGGAAGUCGAUGGGACGGAAAAGAUGCCAAAUCUCGAGGUUGAGGCAACUUUUCACGCUCUUCGACGUCUUCUGGCCAGCAAAGUGGGGUUUGCUUCCUUUACGAAUUUGCCUGGAUUCCGGGAAGCUAUUGGCGUGAGGGUGGUGUCAUCGCUGCGGAGGAAUGAUCUGGCCGUUACGUAUGCUGCCAUUGAUAUGAUAAAUUCCCUCAUGCAUUCAAUGAAUGCGGAUUUUGACCUCAAACAGGAGCAACUCAACAAGUUUUCCCUUCUCUCCUCCAAAAGUUUCCUCGAGAGUCUCCUGGAGAUGUGGACGGGGCAUGCUAAUCUGGGUAGUGGUGCGCUGGUUUUGUCAGCAAUGCUGGAUUUCUUGACAUUUGCCCUCUGUGUGCCGUACAGUGAAACAACGGAUGGGAAGCAAUUUGAUGUUUUGCUGGAAAUGGUGGCAUCUCGCGGGAGAUCCCUCUUUCGGCUUUUCCAGCAUCCUUCAUUGGCCAUUGUCAAGGGAGCAGGGUUAGUGCUGCGAUCGUUGAUUGAGGAAGGUGGGCCUCAGGUGGCGAAUCAAAUGCAAACUCUGGCACUCGAUGAGGCAGCUCUGUGUCGACAUCUCCUGAUAGCCCUCUAUACGUCCAGCAAUGAUCCCACAAUGGCAACACAUCGACAACUUUCGAGACAUUUGGUUGGUCUGUGGAUCACAGACAAUGAUGACGCAAUGCAGCUUCUGCAGAGAAUCUUCCCAGCAGGAUUGCUGAUGUUCCUGGAGAGUGAGGAGGAAGUCCCAAAAGGAGACGUUGAGGAGGACAAACUAAACUUCCGGGAUAACCUCAAGCUUGCCAUUCAGCACUCAAGCAAAGGGGCGCGGAGUGUGAUUGAGAAGCAUCUCGAGGGAAUCAAGCAUUGGGGUUUAAAUCUCAUUGAUCGUCAGGAGAAGGUGAAGCAGGCAAUGAAGAAUCGCCCAAUUGUCCUGCGCAAUAGGAGGCAGAAGAAGAAAACAACGGAGAGUGUGAUGAAUCUUCCGCUUUUCUUCUAUCAAUUCCAACAGAAUCAUUCAAUGCCAAAUCUCAUUUGGAAUCACAAAACACGCGAAGAGCUCCGGGCAGCGCUUGAGAAUGAAUUGAGGCAGUUUUCCAAUGAUAAGGACUUGUCGGGGAAUAUUCUUGUGGCGUGGAAUUAUGAGGAAUUCGAAGUGACGUAUCAAUGCUUGGCGGAUGAGAUUAAAAUUGGGGAUUACUACAUUCGGUUGAUCCUGGAGCGGGAUGAUUGGCCACAGAAUCUCGUCACGAAUCCCAUUGAGCUCUUCAAUGCACUCUAUCGGAGGGUUUUGUGCCGGAAUCGCGUGAAUGAUGAUCAGUUGACGGUGACGUCACUUCAGGCAUUGGCAAAGGUCUACAGGAGGUACAAUGAGGAGAUUGGCUACUUCAGUGACAUGCCGUACAUCCUGCAGAUGCUGGAUCGGUGCUUGUCGCCAGCCUUGAGGGAUGCUCUGCUAAAUCUCGUGAGGAAUCUCGUCCUGAACAAAGCCAAUUGUCGUCCACUCACAGAUCACGUGAAUUGCCUCGUGGAUCUCAUCACAUUGGCGCAUCUGCAUCGUGGAAGAGCCCUUCCGAACACCAAGACAAAUGUCAUUGAAGCAGGACCCAAUAUGACGGGAUAUGAGGAGAAGGAUUGGUACUACAAUGUGGAGCGAGAAGGUGAGAAACCCGAGAGAUGUGGCCCUGUGACGUUCAGUGAUCUCAAGGAGCUCUGGCGGAAGGGCGUGCUAAACCCCCGGACACGCUGCUGGGCCAUUGGGAUGGAUGGAUGGCGUUCCCUGCAGCAGAUUCCGCAACUCAAAUGGUUCCUCAUGGCCAAGGGAACAGCGCUGUACAAUGAAACUGAGCUUGCCUCCCUUAUUCUUGACAUUCUCAUCAAGUGCACGAGUUUCUUCCCGAGUCGUGCACGCGAUGGCGCAGCUGUUCUCAUCCCGGGGCCAAAACUCUCCCGGAAACUAUCUGAAUUCAUUUGCCUCCCUCACAUUGUCCAGGUUUGCCUGACACACGAUCCCGGAUUACUGGAACGCGUAGCAACGCUGCUUUGCCAGAUAAUGGAAGAUAAUCCGGAAAUGCCAAAAGUCUACCUCUCAGGUGUCUUCUACUUCAUGCUAAUGUACACAGGGAGCAACAUUCUGCCCAUUGCACGAUUCCUCAAGAUGACACACAUGCGACAGGCUUUCCGUGGGGAGGAAACAUCCCAAUCGGGGAUAAUGCAUCGAAGUAUCCUCGGACAACUCCUCCCGGAGGCAAUGGUGUGUUUCCUGGAGAAUCAUAGUGCAGAGAAAUUCGCCGAGAUCUUCCUGGGGGAAUUUGACACUCCAGAAGCAAUUUGGAAUUCAGAAAUGCGCCGCCUGUUGAUUGAGAAGAUUUCCGCUCAUAUUGCGGACUUUACGCCACGUCUACGGGGUCACACAAUGGCACGAUACCCUUACUUGGCCAUCCCCAUCAUUAGCUACCCUCAGCUGGAGAAUGAGCUAUUCUGUCACAUUUUCUACCUUCGGCAUCUGUGUGACACAGUUAAAUUCCCCAAUUGGCCCAUUCCGGAUCCGGUGCAAUUGCUCAAGCACACCCUCAUUGCAUGGCGGAAUGAGGUGGAGAAGAAACCGCCGCAGAUGACGGUGCAGCAAGCAUACGAAGACUUGGGGAUUGACCUCACAAAAACACCAAAUCCCGAUGAAUCCCAGGUGAGAAAGAGCUACUACCGCCUGGCACAGAUGUAUCAUCCAGACAAGAACCCAAAGGGGAGGGAUAUUUUUGUGCGCGUGAAUCAAGCGUAUGAGUUUCUGUGUGCCAGAACAGCAAUGACUGAUGGACCGAGUCCCAGCAAUAUUGUCCUCAUCCUCCGUACGCAAUCAAUCCUCUUUGAUCGAUAUGCGGAGGAGUUGAGACCAUACAAAUAUGCGGGAUAUCCGCAACUUAUUAAAACAAUUCGCCUCGAGACGAAGGAUGAUCAGCUGUUCUCAAAGGCUGUACCACUUCUCAGUGCUGCAGCUGAACUCUGCUACCACACGGUGCACUGUUCAGCGCUGAAUGCUGAAGAACUAAGACGGGAGGAAGGUAUUGAAGCUCUCCUUGAAGCCUAUUCCAGAUGCGUUUCCAUCAUGGGUGCAGACUCAAAGCCCGAAGCCCUUCACUAUCAGGUUAUUUCGAAUAUUACAAUGUGCUUUGAGGUUGCGUGCAACUUUGAGAAUUGCAAAAAGAAAAUUUUGGAACUGCCACAGCUGGUUGUGGAUGUAUGUCGAGUGGUGUACUUUAAGCAUUCCCUCUCUGUGGAACUCGUGACGAGUCUGGCGGCAAAUAAUGUGGAUUUGCAGUGUAGUUUAGUGAAGAAUGGUGUGUUGUGGUCACUUUUGCUCUUUAUGUUUGACUACGAUUACACGCUAGAUGAGAGCGGGGUGGCCACAGAUGAGAAGUCCAACAAUCAGACGGUGGCGAAUAAUUUGGCCAAACUAUCUGUCUUGGCGUGUGUCUCCCUUGCGGGGUAUGAGAUGACAAAUUUGGCUAAACCAAAGGUGAAUCAACAACCGCUACCGCCUCCGCCAAAGGUCACAAGUCCCAAUGCCAAUAACUAUCAAGGUGGUACGAAUUUGGCCAUGCGGAAUACCUACGCCACACAGGCGAAGAACCCUCUGCAGGGGGAGAAGCAAAGGGGGAAUUUCAAGUUGUACAUCGAUGAGAAGGGUGAGGAGGCGGUAGCCGAUGAAGCCACCCCGGCGGAGGAUGAGAAGAAGGCGGCGGAAUGUGAGAAGGUGGAUGAGAGGAAAUUUGCAAUAAGUGGCACACCGGAGAAUGUUGUGGUGAAGAAGAUUCUCGAUAAACUCGUUACGCCAUUUGUGGCAAAUAAAUUCGCAACAGACCAUGACACCCAAGUCCUCAAGAUGCUGACGUCAAACACGAGAAAUCCCUACUUAAUUUGGGACAAUGGCACGCGAGCCCAAUUAAUUGACUUCCUCGAAUAUCAACGUACAACGAGCUCCAAAGAACAAUAUGAGGAUGUUACGGAUAUUUACAACAUCGUCCAAGGAUUUGCCUUUGAUGCUCACAAGGAUGAACUAACGAUUGGGGGUAUCUUUAUAAGAAUCUACAUCGAUAUGCCGACAUUUCCAAUAAUAAAUCCCAAAACUUUUGUGAUUGAUUUGCUGGAGUUCCUCAAGCAGGGCUACAGUUUCCUUCUUGGCCAACGACCCACCGCCCGACAACCCCUUACACCGGCUCAAAUGAUGACUUCCACCGUUCCUCUCCGGCCAAUACGCGUGGGUGGGACGAAAGCCGUUAGUGCGGAGAUGGAUGGGGUGCUCACGGAGUACACAAAGUCCCGCACGAAGACCUCCCUGGCGGAGGAGCAGCAGCAAAGUGUAAAGUAUGACUUUGCAGCCAAUCCCAAUGCAAUUGAGCACAUUGUGAUGGUGCUCAAAGCCCUAAUUGCGGUGAUUAAGUCCAAUCCAAAUGUGGAGAUUCAGUGUAUUGGGCACUUUGAGAUGCUCUUUGGGUUCCUCUCGAAGAAUCUCUCAAAUCACGAUGGGGAGAUUAAACCGCUUGCAUUGGAGAUUGUUUCCCUCGUGUCACGCAAUAAGGAGUGCGUGAGUGAGAUUGCAGCUUGUGAGAUACUCGGGCAUUUCCUCGUUGCCAUGAAAGAUAGGGAUUUAAUGGAGUUGCAGGUGAAAGUUUUGGAGACAAUGAGUGGCUUAAUAAAUGUCCAGCAAAUGGUGAAGGAGGCACAAAUGAAGGGAGCUGUAAUUUACCUUUUGGAUCUCUUCUGCAAUUCCCGGCAUCCGAAUAUUCGGGAAGCAGCAGCGGAGAUUCUCUCAAAACUCACGGCAGAUAAGUUGAGUGGACCAAAAGUGAAGAUUUCCGUGGGGAAAUUCCUCCCGGCUGUCUUCUUGGAUGCCAUGAUUGAUUCCCCGCCGAUUUCAGUGCAAAUGUACGAAUCAACGCAUGAGCAUCCGGAGCUUAUUUGGAAUGAUGCAACACGUGAGCGUGUGAGUGAUGCCGUGACGGAGAUGGCGAGUAGUUUCUACGUGCAACAAAAGGAAAAUCCCAAACUCCUGUGGAAGGAUCCAGAAAUCCUUCAAGAUAUCGUGAGCAAUGAACUUGUUGUUUCCGGUGUUUACCUACGGUUGUAUGUGGCAAAUCCCGGAUGGACAUUGCGGAAGCCAAAGCAAUUUCUUUCGGAUUUACUUGAUUUUGUCGUAGAGAACAUAAGCAGGGGUGGCAAUGAGAAGCAAAAGGAAGUUCUCGAUAUUUCAACAAAUGCCUUAGUUUCCCUCCUAAAUGUUCAACCAAAUCUCGCCGAUAAUAUCCCCGUUCUUGGGCACAUACCCAAACUCUUUCGUCAAUUGUCCAUUCAACCGAAAAGUGCUUUAACCGUACUACAUCAGCUGUCGCUAUCAGACAUUUGUGUAACUGCAAUUGCGCAGACAGAGUGCAUAGAGUCACUGAAAAAAUGCAUGGAGUGCAAUAGAGAAUUGACGGCAAUGACGUGUGAAACCCUCAGCAGGAUGUUCAAAUGUCAACACGAUUCACUCAUAAGGCAAGCGCUGGAGUGCAAAUUGAUUCCGUAUCUGUUGAAUUUGCUCACAACGCGCCUCGAGUUGGGGGAUAAUCCGGCAAUGGUGAAGGCACAGAUUGUGGCGGCACUCAAAGCAAUGGCAAAUAAUCUCAAUUAUGGGGAUCGUGUCAAUGAGAUUCUCAAUGCAAGUUCAGUGUGGGCGGAAUUUAGGGAUCAGAAGCACGAUCUCUUCAUCACGGACACGAACAUUCGGGGAUAUUUGACGGGAGUAAAUUCAACAGCUGGAUACCUCACGCAGGGUCCGAGUAAAACUGUUGAAGUACUUACUUCACCACCACCUAUUGAUCGUGAUGAUCCUCUAGCCAGGAAUUCUCUUGAAUAACUUUGCAAAAAAAAACACGAUGUGACGACACACAAAUUUAUACAUAAAAUGGAUUUUACAAUGAUGUAUAAAAGAAAGAAAAUCUUGAGUAAUUUUUUUUUGUGCACAGCCAGUGUGUAUAAAGUGGUAUAUUUUAUAUAUACCAACUAAUGUAAAUUAUGUGAUAUACUUAGAGAUAUUUUAUACACGAAAAAAAUGCAGAAAAAGGAAAAAAAAAUGAAAAACAGGAAAGAAAAUUUUCAUGGAAUUGAGGAAAAAAAUAUAGUCCUUUUGUCCUCAAGACUAAAACCUAUCAGAGAUAAAAGGAAAUCUAUCAAUAAACUUUUUAAUUAUUUUUUCAUACACAUGUUAAAAAAAAUAAAAUCAUGAUUAGCAUGUAAAAAAAUUAAAGAAAAAUGCUAAAAUAUUAAUUUACAGAGAUCACAGCGUGGUCAAGUAUUAUAAUGAGAGAGAAAGAGAGAGAGAGAGAGAGAAAUGAAGGAUGUUUUGCACGUGAAAUUGCAAAAAAAUCAAAAUAACGAGCAAAAUAAUUUUCAUUUCUGUUGCAAUGAAAAUAAAGAACACAAAUGAAAGAAGAAA